AUGGGUCUCCGCUCGAGGGGCUUCGGCCUCUUGUUGCUCGCCAUCUGGGCGUUCGUCGAAGCCUCGACGGCGCUCGGAAGUCGUGAGUAUAACCAUUUGCCACAUUAAAAUUGCGACGACGGAGCCUUCCCCUUUACUAUUAACAAUUUUUCAUGCGGUUGAGCUGUCCAAAUAAGGCGAAACAACACUUUUCAUAACGAAGCUAAAUUUUUUUCUCCCUUUUUGGAUUUAUAGCACGCUGAAAAAGUGGAGCGACAUGAAGUUUUGCCUUCAAUAUAUUCACAUAGCAACUUUCUAGUUGUAGUCUAAGAAUAACCUAUCAAUGAAACUGAAUUUUGAAUUUAACUUAAUUUUUAAAUCAACGCAAACCUGAUCUUCUAUGUUCGAAUUUUCGAGCAUACCCUCACUUGAUUUCUUCUUAUUUCGUUUUAACCUUCUUUGGGCAGCAAUCAUUAAACAAAAAAGCGUGAUCUGAAAACCUCUAAAAGGCAUGCGUUCCCGCAACAGAAUGUGUUUACCGUGUGUUGAUUCUCGUUUGAGCCAAGGAGGAGUGUUGAGGCAAAAAGCCGUGCGCAUGGACUGAAAAUCCGUCAAGAGGCGCUCUCUUUGACUUGGCCAGGCCUCCAGAGUUCUCCGAGAUUUUUCUCGUCGUUCUGAAAAGAGAGCAUGAAGCCUGAACACAUUAAAAAAAAUUGGCUUCAGUUGAGUCAAGCUGAAGAAAAACAAACGAGAAGAUACAAGAAAAAAACAAAGGAGAUGACCUUGCUAUGUUCUUCUUAUACUUUUUCGCGCCUGUUCUUUGCUUUCGAUUUGAUAAAAUAACUUUUCAACCCCUUUUUAACCAACAAAAAUUACCAAAAAAAAGCAGGAACAAGCGCGAAGGAUCUCAAUGGGAAACCAUUGAACCUUCGCCUGGCUUCAGAUGUGCGAGUGAAGCGUCAGGCCGGACCAGAUAGCUUGCUGACCGUCGAAUGGGAAGGGAUUCAGACCGGUAAGUUAUUUCUACAUCCCGUAAUACCCUGUACUAGGCCCAGCUAGGUUUUUGAAAUGUGUGAAAACAAAAUUUUCAAGAACAUCAACAAAAAAUUAUAUGGUCAAUGAACAACUAUAUUAAAGAAGUCAUUCCGUUUUUUUGAAAAAAAAACGAAUUAAAAUAAAACAUAUAAACCAGAAGACAAUGAAAAAGAGCUUUUUUUUCUCGAGAAAAAAAAAUGAUAUUUUUGUCUAUGAAGCAACUUUGCUGAGAAAGGGGAAGUAUUGCGAUGGUACGACAAAAUCUCAAGUCCGCAAAUCUCGAGGACCGUAAUCUUGUGUACGCAGAUCUAAAGUCCCAUAAUCUUGGAAACCAUAAUCACGGUGUUUUUUUCAUUACGCAAGGUCAAGGCUUUUCGUAAAUUAUGAUGCUUAGGGUGUAAGCACACCGAGACGCGAUAUCGCAUACUCAAAAUGUUUUUUUUCAAUUUUAGAAUUUGCGAUUUCAGGAAAAUAACUGCUGAAAAGUUCGAAAUUUGUCAGUUUGAAGAAUAUGAUGUGAAAAAAACAUUCACUUACGUUAAAAAACAUUUAGGAACGAUUUCGAAAGGGGAAAACUCUAAAUUACUGAUUACAAAGUAAAAAAACAAAAGAUAAUAUGAAGGUGAAUCAGCUCCCAUUGAAUAAGCAUUUAUAAAUACGAAAAAAAUAUUGAAAUGAGGAAAAUUCGAGAAGCACAUUUAUAUACCUCGAAAAACCUAGCUUCAGAAAAAAACGAAUAAUGGAUAGAAAGCAGAAAUUUUUAGAAAAAAACCUCGUAUGGCGAAAAUUUUUUUGUUUAAAUCUGAAAAAAACCAUCAAAAAAACUAAAAAAAUAUAUAAUUUAGAUGAUGCAUAUAUCAAAAUCAUUAAACUGCAUCAGCAAAUUCAAUUUGGCUCUAAUUUACACGAAACCGGUUUCAAACUACGUCAAAGGAACUAGAUAAUAACUUUUUUUAUUAUUAACUGAUUAAAUUAAAAACUAUAGUUUUUCGAAAUAGAGUGACUCUUUUCAUGUCGCGAAACAGAUUUCAAAAUUUUUGAAAAAAAUUAGGACUUUUUAGAAAAAAAUCUUCAGCGCUUUUUGAGAAAAAAAGUUAAAGAUCUGAAACCGGUUUAGAAAAAAAUGCGCAAUUUAAAGCUCCACAAGAUGUACCCAUAGAGAGGCGGAUCACAUAAAUGCAAGAAAUAGAAAAAAAGUAAAAAAACCAAUGAAAAAAAGUGAAGAAAAAUCAAUUUUUUUGCAUCAGAAACCAUGAGAAGGGCGCAAUAAUGCGCCACGGAUAAAAUGCCGCUGGGACCCAAAAUUUCGCAUUUUUUUUCAUUGCGCGGAACACCGUGUAAUCUUGGAAACCAAAAUCUUGGAAACCACAAUCUUGGAAAGUAAAAAUCAACGCUUUUGCGAAUAGAUUUUAUCAGAAAUUGUAUUCGGUGAUCCAAACGAGAGAAUAUAAGUAGAUAAAGUGCAAUAAAGAAGACUAAAAAGGAAGAUUUUUGCUUUCCAAGAUUGUGGUUUCCAAGAUUGUGGUUUCCAAGAUUUUGGUCUCCAAGAUUUUGGUUUCCAAGAUUAUGGGACUUUAGAUCUGCGUACACAAGAUUACGGUCCUCGAGAUUUGCGAACUUGAGAUUUUGUCGUACCAUCAGUAUUGCGAGAAAGUCAAUUUCGUAAAUCGAAAGAAGCAAAAAAUAAAAAUUUUUUUUUACAGCUGCCUGUUUUGUUUCGUUUUUUUAUACCUAUAUUUCAUCCUGUUUUUUGUCUUUUAUUCUCUAAGAGUAAAAUUUCUACCUUUGAGCUUCCUAAAGUUGCGUUGUGCUACAAAGGCGUGAAUUCUCAUUUUACCGACUCAGCUAAGCUCAGUAAUUAACUUUAAAAAGACUAUAAUUUUUUUUUCUGAAAUCUUCUCCAAGUUUCUGACCAUCCAACAUUUUUUUGUAAAUAAUGCCGAUUUCAAUGAUUAUCUAGGUGACCAUGCUGAUUCGGAAGUAAAAAGGUUUUUCUCGUUGAAUACCGGGCUGAAAAAGCAAGGAAUGGCAGCUGCAUCCAGGAAUAAUUCCAUACAAAGGACCAAACCAUCAAUAUCGUGUCCAGGUUAGUUUGUAAGACAAAUAAAAAAAGAAAACUUUGAAAAUUAAAAUUUUUCUUGACACGUUCUUUAUUUCUCGAUUAUGAUUUUUGAAAUGAAGUCGCCAAAUGAAAAUUUUUAGUUGAAAAGAAAUUUCAUCCGUUUUUUUCAGAUCCCGAAGUUACCUACUGGUAUUUCAUAUCUUGUGCGGAUAAAGGUGAUUGGAGACAACAACGAAGUUCUCGUCGAGACUCCAGAAAUAAGGGCACACAACGAAAUUGUGUCUAUCAAAUGCGAGAAUGGUGGGUCUAGUCUUCGAGCUUUGGAAAUGUAGAUUUCAGAUGAUAUAACGGCCCCGCGACAUCCCCAAGUCUCAGAAGCAGGUCAAUUCUCCUUAGCAAUCAAGUGGGACGCUCCGGACUGCGGGUCCGUUGGCGAAUAUCAGGUAAUCGACUUAUUCUCCUUGCGAGCCAAAAUUAAUUGAAGGUGGAAUUGACCGGCAUUUCCGCUCCCUUCGACGUUCACCGGCAGACUGUCGCCCAGCCUUACGUCUCCGUGACCAACCUUUUGCCAUCUACCAUUUACAGCGUCAAGUAUAUUCAUUUUUCGCUUUAAAACAACUAACUGAAUCGCAGAGAAAUCGAAUUAAGCCGUCUGCGAACCUAGUUUUAAUAAAGAACUAGUCUGCGCUGAAUUAUUUUUUCUGAGCAUUGUCCGUGUUCAGAGUUCGGGCUACUGACCGCAACCGGAACGUGGGACCUUGGAACGCAGAAGUUCUAGAGACGAAAACGAAAGGCGACGCUCUCCACGUCUCCGACAAAAUUCAGCUGCUGUAUCGGACGGAUUCUGAGCUGCGAAUCGGCUGGCAGCCUUUCGAAGACCCGCGACUCCAACACUACGAAGUGGCAGCAGUGGAAGUCGGCGAAGACUCGCGACGCGUCGAGCGAGCUCGCAUCGCUCCAAACAUUCACAGCUUCUCGCUGGCCGGCCUCCGCCCCAACACUAAGUACACGAUCGGCGUCAUCGCCUUUGUCGACCAUGAACCCAAGCAAAUCUACCGGAUCGACGCCUUCACGACGUCUGGCGGCGUCGAAAGUUGGGAAGAAAAGCCUCUGGUCGUGGACCAAGGGGAGAAGCACAUCUCCGUCCACUGGAAGUUGCCUCCAACCGCGACUCCUGUCAUAAAGUUCAUCUUGGAGUACAGACUGCCCAACGAAACAACUUGGAGGUAUGAGAAACUUUUUUCUCACCGAAUACUCUACAUUUUUGAUUAUUAUAUGACACAAAUAAAAAAGCACUAGAGAUCUUUUAUCAUUAUAUUAGUUUACACAGUUAGCAGUUCAGUUUUUUCCUCGCUGAGAGGUUUAGCUAGAGUUUCAGUUUUUAUUUUUAUUUUGAAAGUAAUUUGAGAGAAAAGAAAAGGGCUGAAAAAUAAUUAAUGACGGCUUGAGAACCUUUCAUGGUAAGCUAAUGCCAUUCUGAGAGACUAUAUUUUUUACGGCUUCAACUUUCCUUUCGUAAGCAGACGAACGAAGUUUCAGAAUGACCGAACAACGCGCCGUGGCGGAAGGAUCUGGCGACUACUCAGUCGCCUUGUCGAACAUGAACGUGCCCUUCUACUCGGUCAGAAUCGUCGCCAUCGAUGAACAGGACAAAGUCGUCGCUCGCACCGACGAGAUGACUGUCGGCGAGGCUGCCGAGAACUCUUGCGUCGGCGUCGCCGGAGUGCCCACAAAUGUAGCUUCCCGCGGAAUCCCUGUUUAUAUCCAUGACUCAGAUCCGAGCUUCGACUGCUUCUCCCACAGCUCUGCGUUUCGAGUGGGACGUUCCCAAUUGUGAUGAAAGCGUCACGCCGAUCGACGGUUACGAAUUUCUGGUUCCUUUUUAUGAUUUCUCCAGAAGAGUGAAUUAAAUUCCGCAAGAAUUUUGAAAAGUGAAAAAGUAUACAUUAAAAUACUUGAACUUUUUUAUUAUUAAAAUAAUAUGCCUAAUAAAAACAGGUUUUUUUGAGAAAUUGACGUCAUAUUAUAAAGUCCAGAGAAGUUGACUGAAAAAUCAGUAAAGUAUGAAUCAAAAAAACUUGUUGACCGCGCCCUUUCCGAAAUUUAUUUGAAUGUCGACGUCAAAGAUUUCCUUCUCGUGUGUGUAAUGGAUUCAGUUUUUUCUUUAAAUUUUUUUUUUUGAGACGAAAGUUUCUCGGAAUAAAUCUAGAAAUAAGUUUCAGCUGUACGAAUCGGCGCAGCCGCCGCCCUCAGACGGCGCCUCGUACAUUGGCCAGACGGCAGUCACAGCCGACAGACUUCAGCCCAACGCCCUCUACGCGUUCAAAGUCCGAUCUCGGAGUGUAAAUGGACAUUCGCCCUGGAGUCAAGAAGUCACUGUCCAAACCCCUUCCAACGGUGCUUCUUUCAGUGAGUUUUUUUUUAUUCCUGAGAACCACAAACUUGAAAAACUUCAGUUUUAACACUUUUUCGUUGAAUAAUUACAGAUGAUUGUACUUAACCGUGGUAUAUUCAUUAACAGAUACUGACAAGUUAACCAACAAUUUUCCACUAAUCAGACGACGGAAGCGGCAGGCCAAGCACUUGAUCAAAGGUAUUCAUUUUAUAUAUAUUUUUUCAAUUGAAAUUGCUGCUGAAAAUGUGAACAGGGUUCUCUUGAGAAAUUAGAAGAUUUUUACGGAAAAGUUUUUAAUUUCUUGGGUUUGUUUUUCAACGGAGAGAAGACCACUCUCCAAAAUACAGCGGGUGAAUUUAUCAUAAAGAACACCGAAUUUUCUUCUUUCUGCAAAAGAUUAACUCAAGCAGACGUGGGAAAUAACAAUUGAUAUUGCUGGCAGCUUUGAUAGCAUUCAAGCAUCACACUUGUAGCGUCGCAUAAUGCUUAUAAGCUGAGAAUCGUGCUCGUCCCUCCGCAUUCUUACCUGGUGUGGACACCGCUACUUUCCCACGUCGGUUCAGUCGUCCAAUUUAAGUUGAGACUCGCAAAAGUGCGACUGAGAAUGCGUCGACUUGUAGACUCGCUUACAAGGAGAAAGGGGCGACCAAGUGGACGCGAGUCGUUGGCGGCUGCGAACGGUUCGCCUGUCCGCCAGGCGUCGCCGACCCUCAGGACUCGUGUUUCCCGCUUCACGGCUUCUUCUUCGGCGUCCAUUACAUGAGCACCGUAAUGUUUUGAGGAAGGAGGAUCUGUUUGACGCCUAAUUUUGUUGAAGAUCUCUUACAAACUGAACAGUGGCGAAUCGGUGGCCACCAGUAAUCCUCUGCACUUUACGCUCAUUCAGCUCGGUACUAACCUCUUUAGUUUGCUUUUAACUAAUUCAUUAUCGUGCCUCAAGUGAUUUCGAAGCAUUGGUGUUAAAAAACCUGUUUUCAAACGUUCAGCCCAUGUAACAAACUAAUAUUUGUUUUGCCUUUGUUGUUACCGCUAUCAGUUUAGUCAGUAUUUCGAUUCAAACGAAGAUCUUCUAAAAGUUUCUUUUAUUUUUUGAUUGAUUCAAUCUUAUAUUCUUAUCUUUCGUCAAUUCAUCAAGUUUUGACGUUUUAUUCACGUACCUAGUUUAUAUAUUUCAUGAAAAAACUUUAAAAUUUAACUUUGAAAGGGGAGUUUUCAAAAUUUGGUUUCAAUCUGCUUUUUUUUUAAACUAAUGUCAGAGAUUCUGUGUUCGGUGAAAUAAGGAGAAUGUGAUGAACUGAUAAAAAGUUAAGUUGAGCUUUUGAGAACCAAAAACGAAAACGCAAAAAAAGGGGUUUGUUUCAUGGGCAAGUUUUAACGCCAGAUAUACUUUUCCUCAUGAGUUGCUCAAUUACAUGUAGAUCAGUAUAAGAGCUUCACAAAGUUUCAUUCAUAUGAUUUUUUUUGAUUUAGCCGGAGCCGCCCAACCUCAGGACAGUCGCGGUCUGAGCGUUAGUCAGCCGCGCAUCGAGCAGUCAGGAGCGCGGAGCCUGGCUUACUGGUCUGUGACGGGAGACCGGAGGAACAUCGCUGCGUAUCAGGUCGACGUCCGAUCGACGAACGACCGCGAAUGGCGCGAAUCUGGCUCUCUUGUUCAAGAAGAACCUUCUCAGGUUUUCCAUCUCCCACCUCAAAGUAUUGCUCCAUUUUUUUUUAAAGAUUAAGUGACGAUUUUUUUUGUUUCUUCGAUCUUCCUCAGUAUUACUCAAAAAAUGAGUGAUUCGCAUUUGUCCUUUUUCAUGUUUCCCUCCAAUUCAGACUCAUUUUCGAGUUGCGGUGAGCCAGCUUUCUGCGGCUUCAACCUAUUUCUUGCGUGUGCGGGCACUGGACAGAAGCCACACAACGAUUUCCACUUCUCCAACAACCUCAUUCUCCGUAUCAUGCCAAGGUGAUUGGAUUUUGGUCUUUCUAAAACGAUGCUUUUAGUACCUCUCUCCCCGGAAAACGUCCGCUUGGAUCGCGUGUCUGAAUCGAUGGUUCGAGUUUCUUGGGACGCGCCUUUUGAUGACCCUUCGUGCCAACCAUACUUCUUCAUCUCCGGCUUCCAGGUGAGAUAUUUACGAGUAUUCAUAACAAGGGAAGAGUUUAGAAUGGCCGGCCACUGAAUGAGAGAGCGCCUGGCACGGAAAGGAGUCUGAAUAUUGCCGGAGACGCGAAGGGAGACUGGCGAGUCCAAGUCAGAGCCGUCAACCUCGCUGGAACGGGCUCGCCUUCUCGCGAGGCUGUUGUCGCCACUGCGCAACAGGGUAUACUUUUUUCGGAUGUCUCUCUAUUUUUAUUUUGAUGCUUUCUUUUCUUGUUUCGAAACAAAAAGGCUACCUAAAACUAUUAUUCGUUUAGAACUUUGCUUCAUCAUUCAUUAUCCGCAGUUCCGCGUUAUCUGAUAAUUUUUGAGAACAGUGAGAAAUAUUAUUUUCUUCCUGACUUCUCAUUUUCUAUUUCGAAUAACUUUGAUCGAAGUCUUCUUGAGAUUUGUUUCUGUUGUUAUUCAGCAUCCCGUGUACGUCGGAGUGUUUGUGAUCCACGCACCGAUUUUUGGUGUCGUGGCUCAGAACAUUUCAAAACCGUCUCGCUGAGAGAGCCUGCCGAAAAUAGAGGUUGAGAUCCCCCGAACUUUUUUUAGUGGCAACGGUCAAACAAGCGAAUCUCGCUGCCGUUUAGUGUGAAAUCUAGCUGCUUGAAAUGCUUCUCCUCUGCUCGGAUUCUGUUUGCCUCAUCUCUUUUGGCAUGACUUCGCUCCUGAUUAAAUUUUCCCUUCUCUCGAUAACUGAUUUGAAACCCUCAGUUACCUGAUUUGGAGUGCGUGUGUGAUUGGAUAUGAGUUAUCGGAUCCCUCCAACUAACAGCCGUCGUCGCAGACGAAGAAGCAUGUCUAGUGCGAAGUCCAUAGUUUGUUUCAGCGCUGGUUUCGACCCCACAAGUCACGACGGACAGCAGCAACGACAUCGUGGUCAAGUGGCGAAGUGAAGGUGACGGCCGCGGUGUCUUCGGAUACCACGUGCAGUUCCGCAGCGAGCAGUCGGGAUGGAAUACAUACGGGUUACACCAGCUCCUCCAGCUCUUUUCGACUUCUGACCACUUUCAGACAGCUCGUUCCGUACGUGUCCGACAACAUGGAGUACACAGAAACGCUGAAAGGCCUUCAAAAGGGGAACACCUACAUGAUCCACAUCCAAGUGCUCGACCGCAACUCCUACGUCAUGUACACGUCUCCGCAAGCAAACGCUCGUAGCACUUGUACAGGUUUGAUUCUGAACGUGAAAAAAGAACAUUUACGUUCACAGGCCAUAGGUAUUCUCUUGAUGGCAGAUAUCAUUUUUAUUUUACAAUCAUAAAUAGUGUCUCAUUUUGAAAAUUUUUCUAAACGUCUGCAGAAAGUUUUCCACGCAAAACUAUCAAUACUAUUGUGAUUCGGUGGGAUUGAAAUUCUCUUUUGCAACUAAUUGAUUGACGUAUUUACUUGAUUGAAAGAUAGUUAAAAUAAAUUCGAUAACGAUGAAUAAUUUAGCUCCUUCGCAUGCACCGUCGCAUCUGCAAGUACAGUCGCCGGAUGCGAGCCACGUGCGCGCUUCCUGGGUGCUUCCACCCCAGUCGACUUGGGGCUGUGCAGACAUUCAGUUCGAGCUUCAGGUAUAUCCAGAACCGAAUUAUAGUAUAUGGACUUGAGAGGAGCAGGUGGAGGAGCCUCAAGGACAGACGCCCAUAACGGUCUCCGGCCAUCAAACGUCUCACAUCUUCCAAUCUGCGCCCAACCAAGCUUGGUCUGUCAAGAUUCGCGCCAUCAACUCGGCUGGACACUCGGCUUGGACGCCGGCAGUGCAAACGAGGACUCCGCCUGGGGGCGAAUUGAUCAUCGGACCCAAUGUUAACUACCGGUGAUCCCAUGGCGAGCUUUGAAAUAUAUCUCUUUUUUUUUCAGACAAGGAGUCCCUACGAUAACAUGGAGAUGCAAGGAAUACGCUGACGAUCUCAUCGAGUCUUUCGUUUUGGAAUGGAAGUCAUCUUCGGAGCAAAGUUGGCGUCAGCACAGAAACCCGGUUGGUCAUUUUAGCCUUAGAAACAAUUUGGUAUCGUACGAUGAGUUUAAAAAAAGGGCGGUUAAACUUUAAUUAAAUUAAAAAUUAUUUUAUCCUGAGGUUCAGAACUUUUUGAGCGUUAGUUUGGUAUACUAUUUGAUGUACCAAAUAAAAAAAUGCCGCGGUCAUUGUACAUGAAAAAUUUUCAAUGAGUUUAAUUAGAAUGUACUGUUCAGCUUCCUUUCAACGGCUGGCAAAGACCUUAUUCAGUUGACCUCGGCGAGCUUCCAAAAGGACACACUUAUGAGGUUGGCGUUGGUUGAGAAGAGGAAAGGAAGAGAAUUUUGAAGGUGCGAGUCGUCGCCAGAGAUCCCAAUCGGGGAACUGCCUACACGUCGCCGUCUGUGUUGGUUCAGACGCAGUCGUCGUGCAGCUCUCCUCGUCGUCCUCCGAGCAACUUGCAGGUCUAUCAACCCUCGCCGCAACUCCCUCAAAACGACCUUCAGGUCUCGCCGAUCGGACCUACGCAGAUUCGUCUUCAAUGGGCGCCUCUGCAUGAGUCUGAGUGGAAUUGCGACCGUCUCUGGUACGUCGUCAAGUACUCGACGCCGCGCAACCAAGGAUUCCGCAAUCUGACAAACGGAGAAAAUUUCGUCGUUUUCGAGUCGGAUCCUUUCACUCAGUAGGGUUUUUUGGGAGAACGUUGGAAUCUAAUGACUUCCAGAUGGAAUUUCGAGGUGCAGGCUGCUAAUCCGGCUGGUGAAACACAGUGGUCCAGAACGGAGACUGCUCAAACGCAGGUACAUAAUUCAAUUCCCAUAGUUCAAAGGAUUCAUGUAUCAAAGUGUCAGUAAAAAUAAUUCUAUUAGGAUAAAGUGAGUACAUCAAAAUCUAUUUGAGAAUUUUUUUCCGUAAAAAAUUUACAAUUUUUGAAACACUUAUUAGGUAUUUAUGUUGAUAGAUAAGAGGGUGGACGGGGCAAAAAAUCACUAAAAGAUCCAAGCUGGCUCAUAACAGGGAACGGCUCCUGGACCUGUAGGAGAUCUGAGAGUGCAGCCCGUUGGAGCCGAUUCUCUGCAAGUGAGUUGGCGUCCGCCGGCUAACCCCAACGGCAUAAUCACUCAAUACGAAGUCACCUACCAACUCAUCUCGAGGUAGCUUUUCCUGAGGCUGAGCUUCUACUUACAGUCUUCUGCAGGGGCAACUGCGACAACAACCAGGAAGCCCCACGAACAGUCACUAUUCAAGGACCUCACCACGUUCUCACUGGACUCCAUCCUCAUUCACGCUAUCGGUCCGUCUUCCAAAGUUCUUCCCAUUAUUAUACUUUUGAAUCAAAAGAGAAACAAUACAUUGAAAAGUCUAACAAUUCUUCUUCUUUAAUUAGUAGUUUUUUACAUUUUGAUAUCAUUUUCUUUGAUUCAGAAUCUUAAAAGUUUAUACUUGCACAUACAUUUACUAAUUGAAAGGAUAAAAACGAGAGUAAAAUGUUGUAAAAGUUUCUCAUCGUAAUUUUCUAUGGAAAAUUAAAGUCAGCCGUUAAAAAAGUACUUUUUAAAACUUAUUCCAAGUCUCUCUUCCCAAUUCUUUGUGAAGUUAUCGCAACAAAAAAGUCAGUAAUUCAACUCAAAUGACCAAAUACAGUACUCACCCUCGUACAACAGAGUUCAGGAUGGGUUAUAUUUCGUGAAUUACCAAAAGAGACGAUUUCGCGAUUCAGAGUUGGAGUGGCUGCUAAAUCGACGAUCGCCGGAGAGCGAGUCUCUCAGGAAGUGCAGACGGACCAAGCAGCGCCGAGCGGUGCUCCACUGUACCUGCGCGCAGAGGAAGCUCGUCCGACAGAAGUCCAGAUCUCGUGGCAGGCUCCGCCGUGUCUCCAGACUAACGGCGAGAUCAGCGAGUACGAGUAUGAGGUGACGCCGGCCGACCGUCGAACCGCCGUCCAGAAGACCACGGAAAACAUUCGCGGAACUCGCGCUCAGAUCUCCAAUCUGCAGCCACAGACGCGCUACUCAGUCAAAGUUCGCGCCUACACAGCUCGUGGCCCUGGACCUUGGUCCACAGAGAUUCCUUUCCAAACUGCCGCGCCAGCUGUCCACGUCGAAGCCCCUCCUUACGUGAAAGUUCUUCAAACGGGCGUCGACAACGCUCACAUUGUUUGGCAGUCUCCACACCCCAAUCCUGGAUACGUCGACAAGUACAAAUGCCGCUACGGCGUUACUGGAACACAGCAAUAUCAGGUUAUUUUCUUCAUAUUUCUCCCUAAGAUUAGUUCUCUCUUAAUCGAGCUUUCUCACUUAUAUUCAGUUUUAUAGCUCGAAUGCAAUUUCCGAAGUUUUCCUUUAACACAACGGAAAAUAAUACUUCGAAAUUUUCGUUCACAAAAAUACAAUUUUUGCACAUACUUUCAGAGAGGGUUCAGAAUAAUCUAUAGGAAGUAUCAAAUUUCACGUUAGAAUGACGUUCAUUGUCGAAUUGAUUUGAUAGUUCCAAUCCAAUUUUUUUUUCGGAUUGGAAAACUUUAAAGAAGUGGUUAGGAAUUUUUCGGAGAAUGCUUGUAUUGAAGGAGCGACAAUUCCCGGCGGUCUCACCUUGCCAACAACGGAUGAUUGAGCGUCAACAGUUGCCGCCAACUCCUCCUGGCGCACGACUUCAUUGCGGAAGAAUCGAUAACCUCAAGCCAGAGCAGUCUUACGAUUUCCAGGUAUUUUCAGGUGUCAGUAUUGUUACCCAAUACUAUCCAGGUGUCCGCACACGUGAAAGAUGCCGGCUGGGGACCUUACUCGCAGCCAGAAAGGUCUCGAGUCACGGACACGGCGGUACAAGUGCUUUCUGUGAGGAAAAUCGGAGGCUCUGAGAACUCUCUGACCGUCGCUUGGGACGUCCGACCCGACGACCGCGCUCGCGUCACGGCUUUCCGACUUGUCGUCAGUCCUCUCGACGGCUCCCAGCGAUCUCAGACGUUCAACGUCGACCGCGCCACCUACCAGUACAGGAUCGACAACCUUCGGCCCAGAACUACCUACAAUGUGACCGUUUCGGCUGCCACUCAGAAGGAAAUGUGUGGAGUGAGUUUUUCUGCAAACUAUCACUGUAAAGAUAACAGGCAGUCUUAUUGGUAAUUUAUAUGAUUUUUUUCAGACUUAUAAACUAAUAAAAUUAUGAAAAAGUCAAGAGUCCAUGCUUUACAGAAGUUGUUAAUUUUUUUUUGAUUGUUAAUUUUUCAAUAAGUCAGAAAAGCGGAGGCUUCAAGAAGGGAAAAAUUUCAGGGAACCACGGCCACUAUGACCACUGAUGCUGCCCCUUUGACGGCUCUCGCUGUCGCUCCACGCGUUAUCGCCGAAGAAGCGACUUCGGUCACGAUCGAGUGGGAGAGCAGGAACCGCGAAGCUAGUGGAUUCAUCGUCGAAUACCGGUACUCGGCCAAGGCCUUUUCGAACCUCACAAGAGUUUCAGACUGGAAGGAGGAGCCUGGCAGCAAUCUCCGAGAAGAGUUCCGGCCCAUCCUUCGCAGACGACGUACACCGCCACUGUAGAUGGGCUGCCGACGAACGCCGUCGUCGACCUCCGCGUUCGCGUCGUUUCGCAGCAGAAUGAGCAAAGCAAUCCGUCGCCCGAAGUCAGAGCUCGCACCAAGUGUUCACCGCCGACCAACCCGCCACAGGUUUUUGCCUCGAGUCGAUCUCAGACCGCAAUGGAUCUCAGGGAAUUCGCUUGGACGCUCCUUCUAUGAACGAAGUCCGUGUUUCAUGGGCUCGUCCAGGAAAGGACACGUGGAUGUGUGACCAGAUGAAUGUAGAAAUAAGCUAUAGAGUUGGCAACCAGCCAGAGAAGGUUCGAGAAUCCCGUCUCUGGAGUAUUUACGACAGAUUCCAGGUUCUUCCUGUCCCUGGAGAUCAGACCGAGUACACUUUCCCAGCCGAACCUAAUCAGCGCUGGAUAAUCAAGCUGAGAGCGACGAACCAAGUCGGAUCAAGGUAGCCCCGUUUCCCACGAGAAUGGUCUUUUUUUGGACUGAAAAGUUAGAAAAGAAGUCUGAGCAUUGCUAGAUAUGGGGUUUGUGCUAGUUCAAUUUUUUUUCAAUCCUUAUCUGGUACAUCUAUGAGUAAUUGAGCAGGUUUUCAAAACGUAGCAGAGUGAAAUGACAUAACUGGCUAGUUGAGAGGUUUCACAAUUUUUUUAAGCAACUGGUCGCCGGAACAAACGAUCACAACUCGUCAAGGCGCGCCUGGAGCCGUCCGAGAUUUGAGGGUCAAAGCCCUGUCUCCGAAUGAAGUUCACGUGCAAUGGUUGGCUCCUCUCGUCCAACGCGGCACCAUCGUCGGCUACGACAUUUCCUACAGGCAACUUCAAUUUGCCGUCGAAGUGAUUGCAGACCUUUUGCAGACUGAAGCACCGACUCGCUUGUCCCGAAGAAGAGCCGCGCGACGUCAGCCGCGACUUCGUCACUGUCUACAACCACAAAGACCUAGACUACACUAUCACCGGCCUUCUCCCAUAUUCGCUUUACGAGGUCGGCUCAGCUCAACCUUCUUCUCCAAAUCUUAGAUUUCAGGUUCGCGUACGAGCUCGAACAACUGAGCUGGGACCAGAAGAGACGAAAGAGGUUUCAACGGAACAGCAGCCGCCUUCCUCUCCACCUCUCAACCUCGAACUGACCUAUGCGCUCGAACGAUCGCUCUCCUUCCAGUGGGAGCCUGUCGACUGCUCUCAGAGACAUGGUCACAUAGUCAACUACGAGUACGAGAUUCUCGGACAGGACGAUUGGGCCAAGCUGGAACGCCAAAUAGCCAACACAUCCGACACGAAGAUUACCAUCGACGGACUCACUCCUUACACCAAAUACGUGAUGCGAGUCAAAGCCUACAACUCUAUUGGCGGUGGUCCCAACACGGAGAAUCUUGACGUGAUGACUGCCAAAGCGAACGCGCCGCUGCCUCCUCAAGAUCUCGUCGUGGCUCAGGAAGGAACCGACUUCUUCAUGAUCUCCUGGUUGCCUCCUUAUCCGCCGUAUGGACCCCACGACGCCUACAAAAUUCGCUGGCAACAACUCGAUGCUGACAAAUGGACCGAGGUCGAGAAAGGCAUCAAAGAUCCAGCUCUGAAGUGUCCUGCCGAAAGUCCACGGUUUUUUCUUCUUUUUAGCCCGCUUUCAACAGAAGUUUCAGGUUCUGCUUCAACGUCACAGGACUGGAAUCUGGUCAGCAGUUCCGCGCACAGGUUUCGACGCGAAUCGAAGGUGGAUCUUACGGUCCCUGGUCGUCGGUGGUCAUCGCCAACACUCUGCAAGUUCUGCCGGACGCUCCCAGAGCGAUUCAUCUCAUUGAGAAGACAGAUCACUCUCUUCAUAUCAGGUUUUCCGUUACAGAGUUUGGGUGAACUGGUCCUUUUUCAGAUGGAUCCCACCAAUCGACCCCAAGGGAUAUGUAACCCAAUACCGCGUUUCCAUCGUUUCUUUGGAUGACGUCAACGACAAAGUCAUUUUUACUUUUGUAUUUCUUUAUUUGAUUUCUUUCAGAAGAGGACGGAGAUCGUGGACCACCCCACUUUGACACAUUUGUUCGACGAUCUCAAUCCAGAAACAUCGUACAACAUUUCGAUCUCGGCUGGAACCAAACAAGGAUUUGGACGCGAGAUUUGGACGCGUUAUACCACUGACCCCUUCCACAUCCCCGUCAUCGGAACAGUCCCAACGGUCACUGCAGAAGGAUCCGACACCCUGAACGUCCAGUGGAAUGCCGUCACCGAUCCCAAAAAUCGGGUCAAGGGCUACAUUAUCGAGAUCCGGUACGUUUCCCGAACUCAUUUUCAAAAGCCAACCAUUGUUUUGAAGAAACUCGGAUACGCCAGUUUGGCAGGAGAUCGGAGGAAUCACGAACCACGACUCCGUGAAGCGCUCCUAUCUGAAGAAGCUCACAGGACUCGAUCCGGACACUCUGUAUUUCGUCAGAAUCAAAGUCGUCGACCAUCGUCAACGUGUCGGAAAGCCGUCUCCAGAAGCUCAAGCUCGCACUGGCUGCGCCGCUCCGACAUCGCCUCCUGCUAACCUCAACCUCGCGAGUCCAAGCAAUGUUCAGGUUUGCGCCUGAACCUCAGAAAAAGAGAAACCUCAAGUUUUUUCUUCUUUCGUCUGAGGCUAGAUUUUAGAAGGGUUUCUGCACGAAAAUCAAACGUGCGAAAAUGAGAAGUUUGCACGUUGCCGUGGAAAUUCUGUCUAACCCUAGUCGUGGAUAUAUAACAUAUAUAUUUUUUUAUAUUAAUUUAAAAAAAUGAAUAUAUAUUAAUUUUUUUGAAUUUAAGUCACUCGCUAGAAGUUGAUUAGCUUGAAUUAUAAAAAAAUAUUAUUUCAGUUCAUUCAUUUUUGAAUUCAAAGACGAAAUUAUUGUGAAACCGAAUCGUCCAAUUUACUGUUUAUCAUUUUCAACUUUAUCGAGACAUAAAAGGCAUUAAAAAACGGAAAACAAAAUCACCAAGUCCUCAAAACGAAUCUCAAUUUUCAAAAGGUUUCAAUUAAAGUUUUUGAAUCAUGCUGCAAUCUUCAUAUCUUCAACUAAUUUCUUAUUGGAGGUGCGUGUGAGCUGGCAAGCUCCCAUGAAAGCUUCCUGGCUCUGCUCCAACAUCCGUUACAAGCUAGAAUACGUCAACGGAACAUCUCCUCGCAAACAGAUCGACCUAUCAAGGUUGCUUGGAAGAGAGGAAGGGCGAUUAUAGUUUCCUUGUUUUCCAGCUCAGCUAUCGAGCAUCUCUUCGAGUCACCCUCUAACACAAAAUGGCGAGUCCGCAUCAGAACGGAAAAUGACGCCGGAGCUUCGGAUUGGAGCAAGGAGCUGGAGAUCACAACGGCCGAAGGCGCUCCAGGCCCUAUCACAGACCUCACGGCGACUCCCAAAGGCCCGACGACAGUCGAUGUCCGAUGGAAGCCGCCAACCAAUCCCAACGGCGCCAUUACUGGCUACACCCUCGUCUACAACCUCAAAUCCAUCGGCGAGUGUGGUCCAAGAAGCUCGACGCCAAUCGAAAAACACGUCCGCAACGAACAUCAGGUUAUUCUCAGUUUACGCAGGCUUGUGUCGUCGAAUCACCGAUUUCGGCAUUUUACUUUCAAGUUUUAAAAAGUCAUUUUUUCCUUUGUGGGUCAAACGACACACUGAUUAUUAGAAAGGAAAUUUGAGUAACGUUUUCGCAGUUAAGAAAAAUUCGUCUUCUAAACAUCAUAGUUAUCAACCUAAGGUUGUAGAAAAUUUCUUAGAUAUCUGUAAAGGCCUAAAAGUUUCAUACUUUAUAAAAGUUUCUAUAAGUUCUGAAAGUUACAAAGCGACAGUAGCUCGAAAAAAUGUCGGAAAAAUUACAGUUUUAAUUAGAAUAAUAUUAUGGAUUCAACGAAAAUUUUGUGAAACCUCCAUUACUUUUGAAACAUUGCUAUCAUCGAAAAAGAUGAGUUUUUGAUUUGCGUCAUUCAGUGAAAAUUGAACUCCUUUAAGACUCUCGAAGGACUUCUUCCCGAUUCCACGUACGAAAUUCACGUGAUCGCUCACACGACGCUUGAAGGACCUCAGUCGAGCAUCGUGACUGUCACCACUGAAGUAACUAUUCUCUCGGUGAAAAAAUAAAGGAAAUGGUAAAACAUCAGGAGGCGGCCCCGACUGGACCUCCGCUCAACAUCCGAGUCGGAUCGGUGACAUCUACUCGUGCCGACGUCACCUGGGCUCAGCCGGAGUGUGAACAGCGCAAUGGAAAGAUUACCGACUAUGAAUACGAGGCACGGCGUGCAGCUCUUCCCGGAAACAGUUCUGAGCUUUUUCAGCUGGCCUCUAUCGAUUCGUGGGGAGAAAACAGCACGGCUCACAAUCCGACUGAACGGCUUACUCUUGACCAACUCGUUCCUUACACGCAAUACCAGUAUGUUCCUCUCAAAUAAAAAAAAAUCGAUUCUUCUAUCAGAAAAGUUCUUCUUUUCAUACUGUUUCUUUGAAGCGACUAAUAAAGCUUUUUUUUAGAAGAAAUAAACUAAAAGUUUACUAUACGAAGAGAGAGUGUCGAAAAUAGAAUCGAAUAACCGUUAAUGAGUCCAGCACGACCGCGAACUUACUUCUUCUGAAUGAGAGAAUAAUUUUUAUUGUUUACUUUACUUUCAGAAUCCGUGUUCGCGCAAUCAAUGCCGUCGGAGAUGGACCUUUCUCCGAGUGGGUUUCCUUCAGUACGCAGCCGGCCAUCCCUCCGGCGCCCAGCGACCUUCAGGAAGAGGCAUCUUUCCCACACGCCAUCGAAAUCUCUUUCUUGCCGCCAUCACCACCUCAUGGAAACAUCAACUAUUACAAGAUCCGUCAUACGCCCAGCGGAGAGGCCAACUACCGCGAGGUUCGCGUCGACACAGAUCGUCUCGAGUGCUCAGACGCGGCGAAAAAAGACCGCCUGUGCUACCGGCUGAGUGACCUCGAUCCCGAACAGGAAUACGAGAUCCAGGUGGCCGCUCACACCGAGGGCGGCGGCUGGUCGGACUGGUCCGAAGAACUUUCCGCCAGAACUCAGAAACAAAACAUUCCUGUUUUGGAAAGAGAACUCGAAGUUACUGGAAAGACUUCCAAUUCGAUUUCUCUCCGUUGGGAAGGACUUCCACAAGACCAGGUUCGAACGUUUAUAAUUUGCAGUUUGCAAGAGAAUUUCAGGCGACACACGUCAUCGGAUAUGUCCUCGAGUACAAGUCAGAAGAGGACAACAGCGAAUGGCAAGAAUACAACGGUGUGAUCAAGCACAGAAAGUCUUCCGAUGAAUACAAGACCACGGUGAAGAAUCUCGAGACAGCCACGCUCUAUUUCUUCCGGCUCAAGGUUAAAAAGCGACUGGGAUUCGAAAAACAGUAGUAGUUCAGGUCGUUGGAAAGAAUGACAAACGUGGAGCGCCGGGUCCUGAAACCAAGGAAACUACUUCGUGUGGCAAACCAGAAGAAGCUCCGUCUAACCUCAAACUCGAGAGUAUAGAUUUCGAAACUUUGAAGGUAACAGCUCCUCGCUGGCAAGUUUUCAAAAGAAGUUCAGAUCACUUGGACUCCACCUGAAGAAAGCACCUGGCGCUGUGAUAACGUCGAGUAUCUCCUCGACUUUGUCAACACGACUUCUCGUGGCAACUGGACCGUCUCCACAGAUGCGCCGAGCGAGUUGAUCGUUCAGACAAUGCCCGGAACCAAAUGGGACGUCAAGAUCCGCACGCAGACCGUCGAAGCGGAAGGAAAGCCCCAGGCCAGUCGUUGGAGCGACAAGGUUUGAAAAUCUGCUCUUGAUUCGCUCAAUCAUAUCGUGUAGGUGAGCAUCACGACUCAAUCCUUGCCCGGGGAAAUCUUCGUGACAGUUGAACCGAAAGGACCACGCGAAGCUCUCGUCACCUGGGACCUUCCCGACAAGGUAAACGCAAAUCAUAUUUUUAGCCAAGGACAGCUCCGAAUUUACAUUAUGGCGAGCAAUAUUUGAAUAUUGAAUAUUUAUUUCACUCCAAUACAUAAAAUAACAUGAGCUACAAAGAAAGAGGCAAAGUUGGGCAAGAAUUGUAUGGGAGUGAAAUGAGCACCGGUUUUAAUACGCCCUCACGAGCGAAUUUACCGGUAUAGGGGAUAGAACACGUAGAAGGAUUUUUGAUCACAGUAGACGUAAGGGAAUGUUGGAAAAGAGUUCUUCGUUGCUUAGCGAGUCGAGAAACUUUCUGAAACGGGUGGUAGACGUGUUAGGGUUGAAUCUUGAGCAGAGUCUAUUCCAAAGAGGAAUGACAGUGCUAAAAAAACUAUUAAAUCUGGAACCAGUCUGAAUCAAACGAAAAGGAUACCGAGGUGAACGACUUCUACUGAAAAACUUUUCUGCGCUAGGAAAGUGGUAAAUGCCCAGGACGAUUUUUUGAAGCGUUACUAGAGCAAUAGAAGUUCUCCUACGGAAAACAUGAGUAGAACCGAGUACAUCAAGGCGAUGGGAGUAUGUGUCAAAGGAUUUAUUACGUCUCAUGAAAACUUGCCUAGUAUAAUGACGGUAAGGUUUUUCCAGUAGGACGGAAAGUUCUGAAUUUAUAGGCGGUGAGAAGAUUUCAGAGCAAUAGUCAAGAUAGGGUCUAGCGUACAUGUUGAAUAGUAAAUUGUACUGCUGGAUGUUCAAGUGAGCAAAAGCUUUGAGCAGCUGUUUAGAUUUGAGAGUGGCAAUGUUGACUACAUGAUUAAUGUGAGGGCUGAAACACAAAUUUUUAUCGAUAAGGAGACCGAGGUCUCUGACAACAGUUUCAGAUCGAAUAGGUGAGCCAUUAACAUUGUAAACAUAUAUAAUAUUGAAGUAACAAGUUUUACGAGAUGAAGCACCUGCCUCAAAAGUAUCUUGAGCGUAUCUUUAUUGUUUUCGCGCCUUCAACAUUUUAUUGAGUCUCUUUGCUAAGCCAUGGAGAUCUUUUUCUCUUUUAAUUGAAGGAUAAUUUUUUGCAGGACCAAAAAUGGAACUACGGCGUCGAUAUCACUUAUCGACUGAAGCAGCUCGGCGGAUGUAGCGAGACUCAAACUGGCAACCAAGAGCCUAUCACGAAGCUGAACGUGCAGGAGAAGCAGAUCCCGUUGGAAGGCCUCCAGCCAGGCAGCGUCUACGAAGUCGUCGUCACGCCACGACGGCCUCCUUCGCUCCACUCUUCGAUCGCGACUCCGAAGACCGUCCGAACGUUCCGAACGCAGAACGACGUGCCGACGGGUCCCCCGCAGAAUCUGCAGUCGACGACGCGCAAAGACACUGAGCUUGGAUUCAAGUGGGACGCGCCAGAGUGCUUGCAUCAGAACGGCAACGUCACCCAAUACGAGUUCGAACUCGUCGGCCUCGACGAAUGGAACGAAGGAACCCGCGAAGGCGUCACGCCACGACUCAACACGCUCAUUGAUCAACUUCAGCCUGGAAGUCUUUACCGUAUCAAGGUACUGUUUGAAUAAUCUAUUUUCAGUUAGUAGAAGACGAGAUAGAUAGUAUAAAAUUGCAUAGCUUUAGCGAAUUUUAAAUUAAAGUAAAAUUCUAAGGCUCUUUUUGUCUCUCCGUUUCGCAAUUUGAAUGAUUUGAUUGAGCUUCAUUUUCAAAAAACUACCUAUUAUUAAUCCUUCCACUAGAACAGUUUGAGGCCGAUAAAGCUGCUCAUUCUGAAAAAAACGUAGAUUUCAAAAAACAAUUGGAAAUAUUUUGCAAAGAAAUAAAAAGAGUCGAGCAUUGGGCUUCAAACAGUUUCUAAAAAGUCUCAAACUACAUAUUUCUUAAGAUAUUAAGCUUUAAAAUUUACUUUUUUUAAGGUGCGAGCUUACACGGCUGAAGGCCCCGGCCCAUGGUCUGAUGCUCUAGAAAUUCGAACGACAGGAAGCGAAUUGGGACCUCCUCGAGAACUGACCGCGGUGCAGACCAAGAGCACGCAGAUACAGCUCACCUGGUUGCCACCGUACCCAGAAAAGGCUGUCGUCACGGCCUACCGUAUCCGGUACAGUCCCAGAGCGGACGACUCCAAUCCGACUGAAGUGGAACUGUCUGGCGACGAACUCAGUUGCUCUGGCUACAAGAGCCCCAUAAUCACUUCGGACAACCUCUGCGCCACCAUCAAAGGACUUCAGCCAUCUACAACGUAUCGUUUCGCCGUCCAAGUCAGUUUCGAACUAGAGUGCGCACACGAAAAGUAUUUGCAGGGACAGGCAGCUUCCGGCAACUGGGGAGAUUGGUCUUCGGACUACUUCUCCACGACUCGAAAAGAUGACAACGAGAUGCUCGGAGGAAGUCUGAAACUGCUCUCCGCAGGACACGAUAACCUCAAAGUCAAAUGGACGCCCCCAGCCGUGAUCGGAGAGAAGAUCGACAAAUACGAGGUGAACCGUCAACCCAAACCGAGAAGUUCUCAUUGAAGAUAGGCUCGGAAACGACCUCGAUUGGAAAAUCUAGAGUGGUUUAAGUUUAAUAGAACUCGAGUAUCCGAGAGUUGACAUGGCUAGCCAAAGUUAGACUUAAAGAAAUCAUAAAAAGUUGUUUUUUCCUGAAUUUUCGAAAAAGAUCCCCUUCUAUGUUUUUCUUCAGUUGUUUAUCUCCGUCGCCUCUGAACUUGAUCAGAAUCCCAAGAAGUUCGAAGUGAAGGGAGCUCAAACCGAAUACCACUUCAGGUUUUUUGUUUUAAUUUAAAAGGAGUUAACAGAUUUGGUUCAGACAAUUGGACUCUGUUACUCAAUACAAUGUCACCGUACAAGGUCUUUCUGAUAGCAACCGUCUUUGGUUCAUUUCUUCCGUCUUCUCCACGACCGAUUUCGGUUUGACGACAAGUUUUGGAGAGACAACACUUAUUCUUUCAGCCGAGGGACUUCUGUCGUGGCUGCCGGCGCCGACGGACCUGCACCUCAUCGAGAAGAGUGACACGAUGCUUCACGUUGACUGGGUGCCUCCAGAGAUCUUUGACCCAGAGCAACGCGAACUCAUCACUCAUUACCGGUUUUCCUUACCGCAUACUCUAAAUUUAGAGAAAAUCGGUCUUAAGAGUGACAAUCGCGCCGUUCGAUCACACGACUGGAGUUACUGGAGCACCGAAGAACUACACGGUUCCUUAUCCAGGAAACUCGAUCAAAUUUGAAGGACUCAACCCCGAGACCGUCUACAACAUCACCGUACAAGCUGGAACCAACUCUGGCUACGGACAGAUUCUUUGGGGAACCUACAGCACAUUGGCGCCAGGCCAGAGACACAUCAUCCGACUUCUCAACAGGUUGCGUUGUGUUCGAAGCUUUCGAGAAAAAAAGGAUUGUAGGACUCCGACGACGUUGACGGUGGCUUGGGAGCCGGUUUGGGGCCGAAGCCACAGCGGCUACGUCCUUUCCGCCCGUACCUUGUACUCUGUGUACAACAGCGUUCGUCUGCAACAGGUCAAGACCUUCGACGUCGACGCUUCCGAGACAGAAUUCGUCAUUCGGGGCCUCCAUCCUAGCACCGUCUACAAUGUCACUCUAACACCUAAAGACCAUAACGAAGUAUACUCAAUAAAUCUCUUUCUCCGAAAGACAAAUCUGCUUUCAGGUCGCCUGGGGAGCCUAUUCAACUCUGCCACCUGGCUGGUUCCUUGCUAAGAACCUCAAGCAGUGCGACAAAACCGACUUUGCCGUUUCUAUGAGUUGGGAGCCUGUGGAACUCGAUAUGGCCAGUGACUACCAGGUGAUGCCUUGUUCUCUCAAGACAUAUUUCAAAAAUCUGAGGUGUACGUCGCAGAUCCGUCCAAAGUUUUGUGAUAAGUCUACCAAAAGCAAAUUACUUGAAACCGACAAAUUUUUCUGCUGAGCGCGCAAGGACUUCGAAUUAUGUAGAAAAAGUUCAGAAUAUAUCUCUUUCAUCGGAUUUUUUAAAUUUCAAGUAAUUUUCGACAAGCAGGUUUUUUCGUGAGACUUCUUUUGAUUUCAAGUAUCUAGGACCGCUCAGCACAAAAGUAUGAAUCAGAUCUGCGAUGAUGCGAUACAAUACAGACACUCCCCUAGAGAAAAAAGUUUUUUAGCAACUUCUGAGUUCAACCGAUUGGUUUUGUUUUUGGAACGUUUUGUGUGAUUCCACAAUCCUUAUACGUUUCCGAAAAAUUGUUUUGAAAAAAACCCAGCUCAUACUGGAAAAAGUUAAAGAUGUUAUCCGUCUUUUUUUGAACCAUUUGAUUGGAAGGAAUGGAAUGGAUUCAGGUCCGAUACUUGCGUGUGAAAGAACACGACGCUGUCUGGACUGAAGAAGAAGCUCGUCCGGCCAAAGAACUUCUGUGUCCCAAGGUUUCACCCUCCGAGAAGGGAACAAAUCCUGAUUUCUGAAUUCAGGACGGCUGUGGUCGAUUGUGUUAUCUCGUCUUCAAUCUUCCGCAUCCACCCACUGAAUACGUCUUCCAGGUGCCAACCAGAAGCAAUUUCUCAAGACAACUUUUUUAAAGGUUCGUGCUAAAGUGGAUGGAGAGUGGAAUCACUGGAAAUCGGCGCCGAGAAAGAUGACCAGCAGCGAGCCAAUCAACGUUUGUUAUCUCAACUCUCAACUUUUGAGAAUGAGGAAAACAGAUUCGACGAAGCUGCUGCAUCGUGCCACCUCCCUACAUGGUCGAGAACAUCGGGUCCCCAGGAACCUUCUGGGAAGUUGACGUCAAUCCGGCGGCCACCGAGAAGAACGUCACGUUAGUCUUCGUUCAUUUUUUAGGAAGAUAGGCAGCGGUGAAGGAAAUAUAAACUAUGAUCUUGAAAAAUUGAGUUUAUCGAAAUAAUCCAACUUUAUUUUUUCAUGAUGAACUCUAGGAGAUACUACGUGGUGGUUGACGAGCGAGAUCCUCCUGGAGACACAAAUUGGACCGAACUCACGGACAAAGUCACUGCCAACAAGAUGAAGAUCCCCUACUACGUAGCUGCGUCUUUCAACCUCGACACUCUUCCGGAACCGAGAAAAGUAAGUUCUGUUGGGAAGAAGUUGGGAUCAGACUGACGGAUCAGGUGCGAAUCGGCGACGGCACCGUCAUCGGCGGAUACCUCAACUAUCCUCUGGUAAAGGGGAAGAAGUACAACUACGAAGUGUACACCAUCUGGAAUGUGACUGGCGCGCCUCUGGUUGGACGUCUCCGAGGUUGGUUCAUUCGCAAUUUUCAUUUCUGAGACAGCAAAAUCUUGCGCGUCCAAGUACUUUCAUAUUUCGAAAGGGAAGAUUCUUGACAGAGCUUUUCAAAAUACUUGAUAUGCUCACGAGGUACUUUCCCUGUCUGGUCAGUCUCGCUAUUAUCAAUUUUUUUCUUAAGCAAAAAUUGCUGAAGAAAGGUAGGACAUGUGUUCGUGAUGGGGCUUGAGGAUCGUUGCUAAUUUCAUCUUGAUAAAAAUUUGGAAGUCCGGAAGUUUACUGCAUUCGGUUUAACUUCAGGUAUAUUUUUCGUCAUUUUUUAUUUCAACCUUGAUCAAAUCUUUUCUUUUGAGAAAAUUUACGUUAAAAAUGUAUCAAACCAAUUGAAGAUAAACUUCCAUCUGAUUGUCAAAUAUUACAAUAGUGAAAAAUUGCCGAUGCCAGUUCAUCUAUUGAUUUGCUAAACAAUACCAAAAAAAAAUUAAUUUAUCGUUUUCACGCUAAAGAGAUCAAAGUUGCUUGGAAAUCUGACGAAAUAAUCAUUAAGACAAAGAGAAUAAUCAACAGAAUACUCCGAAAGUUCUGAAUUUGCCUCCAGUUUCUUUCAACCUUACGCAUAUCAAAUUGGUGUAACUUUUUUGAAAUAAAAAUAAGAACUAUUUUCACGAACUAAAAAAAAUUUUUCGAUUGACGGAUAACUGGUAGUUAUUUUUAGAAAAUACAUACUGAGAAAAAUGUCGGCAUGAGCAUUUAAAACUGAGAAGGAGAGAAAAGGGGGUCGCUCAAUUUGUUCUUUUGCUGAUAAUUGGAGAAAAUGUGUAAAGGUGUGAGCGAAGAGAGAGUCGACCAGAAUAUUCUUGAUGGAGAGUGGGCAGAGAAAAAAGAGAAGAAAUGAAAAAGGGGUGUGGCCGCGUUUUGGUGGGCAAUGAUGGCGCAUUGGAGUACGCAAUCAUGGCUGCCUUUGCGGACGGUUAG